AUGGAAGAGGCUAACCCAGGCUCAGCCAUUUCCACGCUGCUCACGCCGCCCAUCAUGAGGACUGGCAUGGUCCCGCAUACCAAUGCUACAGCGACUUCCGGCCACCGCCCGCCAUCCACCAAAGACAUACCACCCGUCUCGCUUACAAACAUACCCCACAUCGAGCCUUCUACCUUCAAUCCCUAUCUAUCGCAAGUAGGCAGUCUCUACGAGGCUUUCCAGCGCGCAAAGGCCGAGGCCGAAGCAGAGUCCGCCCAGCCAGCAAGGAGGGGGUCAAACAAGGAAGACACUGAAUCGCCAGCGGGGACACCCAACCUAGCAGGAACACCCUUUGCCCCCAACGGCCCGCCGAAACCGAAGCGUCGAACGAGCGGAUCGAAACGCGCCCUACCAGCCAUUACGCCCCUUUCGACAAUACCCAACAUUUACUUUGACGAUAACUUUCAUCUAGAAAACCCGCGAACCUUUGACGUAGUCAGCGAGCGGUCCGAGGUGGUUAGGCCAGUGCGGACAGCAAGCAGCGAUGACCAUGGCGCAAACGGUUCCUUGGAUAUGCCACAACCUCCUGGGAGGAAGGCUCUAGCUACGAAUGCCAUCUUACAAGAGAAGCUGUCGUGGUACAUGGACACGGUCGAGGUGCACCUGAUCUCGGCCAUAUCUACGGCAUCGACAUCCUUCUUCGCUGCGCUCGGCUCUCUACGCGAACUUCAGACCGAAGCAUCAGACUCCGUCGCAAGGAUAAAAGGGCUUAGGGAGGACUUGAAGAGACUGGACGAACAGAUGGCAAUAGGAGGCUUGAAAGUCGUUGAGAUGAAGAGGCGCAGAGAGAACUUGAGGAGGCUGACAGACUCGGUCGACCAGCUGCAAGCUGUCAUCGUUGGACUGUCACACUGUGACGAUGCCGUCGUUGAUGGUGAUCUCGAGACUGCUAUGACCCGGAUAGAAGUCAUCGAACGACUAAUUACGGGCGCGCUGGACGCGACUGACGCUCAGAGUACCUCCUGGCUCGACUCACGAUUACCUCCGCAACUGAUCGAUUUGCGACACCUCAGAGCGCUAGACGGCGUAUUCGAGAGCAUCACCGAGCUCAAGUUCCGCGUAGGCAGAGGGUUUGAGGUACGCUUUGUCGAUACCCUACUCACUGACCUCCGAGAGCACGUCAAGCGAGUCCCGACUCAUGACACGCUGGAGCGAUGGAUAGCUGCAUCGCAAAAAGCACGAGGCAGCAGCCAGAAACCGAAGACGACUUUGCCAGCCUAUAUGACGACAGACGAAAAGCUACGUGCAGAGCUACGAGCUAGCUUGUAUGGCCUGAGCGGUGCGCAAUUCACGAAUCAAGCUAGCGCUACUUUUAGAGAAGCCAUGAUUAAAGAGAUGAAAGUCAUUAUCCGAAGACAUUUGCCGAGCUCAACAGAAGACGAUACCGGGUCUAUGGCUUCUGUAUCCACAAGAGGCGGCCGAGGGACCAGUCAACAGGACAAGAACUCCAUUCUUGCACGGAACUUACGGGCAAUGGAUCCCGAUGAUGCCGAAAUCUUCUUCGCCAAUAUUUUCACCGACAUUUCAGAAGCGCUACGUCGUCUCAGUACGCUGAUCAAGGUGCUUCUUGAUGUUACGAGCGGCGUUACUACUCCUCCCGCCUCUGCUGGUGGGCUUCGCUCUCCCCCCCGAAGCCCAUAUAUGCACAGCAUUGAUGAUUACGUAGGCAAUGGCGUGCCAGCUCCAAGUUCUAAUGACUUGCAGAUGGAGCUGAUGCAAGCUCUGGACAUGUCGAGCCUCCUAGGUCAGGCUGUUGACGCAGCGCAGACACAGAUCACCAAGCUCCUCAAAGUCCGCUCUGAGGCCACAGCAAACCUCCCCCUGGAACGCUUCCUACGGUACUUCAAUAUGUGUAGGUUGUUUGCCGACGAGUGCGAAGCUGUUUCAGGACGCUCUGGCGCCGCUCUCAAAGGUGUGGUCAAUACCCAUAUCAAUGACUUCGUGUCCAAGUUUGGCGACUUUGAGAAGCAAGAGCUAGUAAGAUCAAUGGACUCAGAUCGCUGGGAACCCAAGGAAUUUGAUGCACAGGACACUGAGGUCUUAGCACGGUUAUUGAAGGGUAUGGAGAGCGAUCCAGCAAGCUGGGCAGAAACUGGUGACCUCCUUCGAGAAAUCGAAAAGUCAACUACAAACGGCACAUUGGCGCAAACCAAUGGCGCAUCAGAAGACAAGCCCAAGGAAAAGAACAAGACCACCAUUCCCGCCGUUGUGGAUGAGGAGAAGUAUACCAUCUCCGAAUCGUCAACAGUCGUUCUUCGUGGCAUUGAGCGUUUCGAGAUUCUCGUUUCUGCCAUGCCAAGUAUGACUUCUGAAGUCUCCGCCUCCCUUUGCGACUACAUCAAACUCUUCAAUUCACGACUAUGUCAAUUGAUCCUAGGCGCUGGCGCCAUGCAGUCUGCGGGCUUGAAGAACAUCAACACCAAACACCUUGCCAUCGCCUCUCAGACACUGUCAUUCAUUGUCGCUAUUCUGCCCUACAUCCGCGAAUGUUUCCGACGACGGGCUGCUUCCGCGUCCAACAAGUCUUCUGUUGUCGAGUUUGAUAACGUCAAGCGCCUACUGUACGACCAGCAAAACCAGAUUCAUGAGAAGCUGACAGGUAUCUUAUCUGGAAGAGCCAAAGUACAUAUGCGUAGUCUCAGGAAGGUAGAGUGGGAUACCGAUGCCGAGAUCAACAAAGAUGUCAGUUCUAGUAUGGAGAGCUUGACCAAGGAUACCGUGACCAUGCACAAGGUAAUCAACAAGUACUUGAGCGAGAUUCAAGUUCGCAUGAUUAUGGGGCCUGUGUUUGAAAGUUACAGAGAGGAGGUGGGCAAUGUUAUCAAAGAGGCGGCCGUCAAGACACCCGGUGGUAAAGCACGAUUGCUACGCGAGGCAAAGCUAUUCGAUGCUAAACUCGGAUCUAUUGACGGUGCUGGUAACGUUGGCUCUCAUCUCAUCGGCCUCGUGGUCAGCAAAACAGUUGUGCAGCCCAAAGCAGAACCUAAAACGGAGCCCAAACAAGAAUCUGAAGCGAAGACGAGCGAGGAAAAGACGCAAAGCACCGAAGCAGAACUAGAGAAGUCGAGUACAGAAGCAACUUGA